UCCACGCGGUGCGGGUGAUGACAAUACAACUGAGUCACCAAUGAAAAUUACCCAAAGACAGGGAAAAAAAGUUUGCCCUUUAAAUCCCAAUAACUAUUCAUCAAUCGAGGAGACUGACAACUAAUCUAAAAAAAAAAAACCGCUGUUACCGCCAAUUCCAUUAAAAAUGAAUUAAUCCCCUGUUCUCGUUUAAUCUCAACUUUGACAAGUUGUUUGAAAAUGGAACGGUUAACGAGUCUCCCUGAAGGAGACACUCGGGAGUUUGAUUAAAAUCCAAAGUGUCGGAGACAAGAGUCGGCCGGAGGAUUGAGAUGAAAUAGGGAAUUUAAUAUGAGGAACAAUCGCUCGUUGAGUGUAAAUCCGGGCCUCGAGUCCUUGGCAAAUGUCGGCAAAACUUUCACUCAUUAAUACGACUGUUUAUAACCGUCAUUCACGUGCAUAAUUGUGUUAAUCGUGGAUUGAUACUGAGCCAGGGGGUGAAGGCAUUCGUUUAAUUAGGCCACAUUCACUGGUUAUAAGAGAGAUAACUAGUUGCAAGGGUAAUGCAAACGCCGGGAGCUGCCAGUGAUGGCUACAACCUGAGUGCCACUCUCCCUCCUUUGUAGGAUUAUUCAUCCCUUCCCACUGUCGUGCAAUGAGAUGUGAAUUACGUGAAUUGAUACUAAUUGCACAGGCAAUUGGUUCUAUUAAUGCCAAUGACGUACCAGUGACGGUUUUGUCGAUGGACGAGUAUCGGACUCGGCUGCUGUGGGAUGAUGUGUUACGACGGCACGCGCCGAGAUAAUAUGCUGGUCAAUUGUUCUACGUAUCUCUGGUUCGUGUGCCGCGGGGAGGGCCUUUGAGAACAGUCAGGGAUAAUGACGCAGUCCCCGACACCAUCAACCAGCAGAUUACAUGAUGACAAACAUAUUGGAUUGCAGAUACAGGAGAUCAACAGUCAAGUGGCGCAAUUUCGGGACCUUCUGAUCAACAUCGGACAGGCAAGAGAUGGUCCCGAGUUGCGUGAACGUGUACGGAAACUCCGGCGAAACUGUGUCGAGGCUUGUAAGAACACUUCCCAGCUGGUGCUACCGCAAAUGCGAAGUGCAAUGGACUUGGGAAUUCCGGCGGACAGUCCCAAUUUGGUGCUGCUGUUCUUUGUAUCACAGUUGUUCCUGAGGGAGCUGUACAAGUGCAAAAAUCUCAUUCGCAUCGUGCCCAUGGAUAUGUCUGGAUAUUAUGCGAGUAAAUCUGGACCAUCAAACAUUGGUAACGUUAUAUCAUCGAUUCUCCUCUGCAAGCCGAUUACCCCGAAUUUCAACGAGGAGGAGCUCUGCAGUAUACGCAAGGAUUCUGCUGAGAUAAGCGCUCUCGUUGCCGAACUCCAAGAAUUCAUGCCGCAAUCCGAGGCUGACAUAGAGAAAACAAUAGCACUGCAGGACACGUGCGCCUCGGGUACGAAGAACAAUGGGGCCCGAAAGGCCAACAGGUGGGACACUAGACCCGGAAAUCCAAAUUACUUCAGCGGACGCUUCAGAUUCCUCUGCUGCACCUCAAGGCCUAACUACGUCUGAGCCUGCGAAGCGACUGUAAAAAAUGUGUAGUUACUGAUCGGAUAUAAAUUCGGGGGCUGGAUUACAUGGAAAUUUAACCAGGAGAGUUAACAUCACAUCAAAUACAAACAAAUUCGAUAUUUCAUAGUUUUUGAGCGGAUGUGGCAAAUGCAUUUGUUAAAUUUGUGUGUUGAAAUUCCGGGUAUCGAAUUGGCUGGUACCCAGUGGAGUAAAAUGAGUCGUUUUUACAUUGCAAGCGAUCCAGCCUGGACAUCAUUAAAUACCUAUUCUUUAUUCCGUAGAAUGGUAAGCAGGCAAUACAUCAGGAAUGAUCGAAAAGGUCUGCAUUAGGAUGUCACGUCAGAAAGCUCAAAUCAUUGUGAUGUCACGAAUUUUUUUUUAGGCUUUUAGCAUGAUUAAUUGACCGGAGGAAAGAGGACCUUUCGUCGAUGGGGUCAUCCUCGAGAAUUAAUCAUCGAUAAAGUGCUGACGAUCAUUGGGGUCAAUCUGAUAGUAUCAAAGCAACAUGAAAAACUUGUUUCUCAGGGGACACGUCGAAAGCCAAAAAAAAUGCUGUGACAGAUUCGUCAUUUGCUGGAUCGUUGUCUCUUUUCAUUUCCGGUUAUCAUAUUCCCCGAUAGUACCGAUUUAUUUUCCAGUUUUUUUCUUUCUGGAGCAUUUUAAUAUUUUUCCAACUUUCGGGAGUCUCCUUUUCGUUUGAAAAAAUAUCCAUUAAAAAAUCAAUGUGAAUUGACAGGACUCACUUAAUUCCACUGCUUUGCCAUCCAAAUAAAAUAAAACGUCGCUGAAAAUGUCAAUCUGGCCUGCGAAAAUCGUACAUAGGAGUGGGCGAUGUUUUAAAAACUAUCGAUAAUCGAAGAAUUAUUUCAAAAAUCUGAAAAAAAUAAUAAACGUUCUGUUACAGGAAAAUAAACAUUUUAAACUCUCAAGAUUUUUCUCGAUAGAAAAAUAUUUAGAAAAAAAUCGCCCACACCCACUCCCACAUAUAAAUAUAAAAGUGUACAUGACUUCUUUCAUUACGAAUGAAGUACCCAGAUUUACACUGUAGGGCACUCGAAUAUAACUUAAAGGUGAUACAUAGUUAACGAAUAGAGUCUAUUUCUUCAAUGAAUCCACGAGACAUUUGUUAGUGAAUGUGAAGCAAUGCUGUACAGAAUGUUAAUGGUAUACGAGCAUCUCGCACUGGUAUUGUGAGAUGUCACGUUAUUGCCAGUGCCUGAAAAGCAACAAGAGUGACUGGUGUUGAUGGGAAUGAUAUUGUUGUCAGCAGAAGGCAUGUCGAGACGAAUAAUGCAUGAAUGCAUAACACCAUCAUCUGGGUGAAAUGAAAUUUCCAGUUUUUGAGACUAUUGUGGGACCCUUCUCAACCAGGUGGAGAAAAUGUAGUUGAAAUUACGAUGAUAACGGAUUUUUUUUUGUUUAUUAUUUUGCAAAAAUUAGUCUAUUGUUACUGUCACAUCGUGUAAAAUCGAAUUUUAAUUCGAUUGAUUAUUAUUAAAAACAGACUAGUAGAUUAUUGGAUAAUUAUUACACUUCCACAACUUGGGUCCAAUGUUUACAUUUGUUUAUUUAUCACGUGUAUAUUUAUUGAAAAGUUAUUUAUAUUUCAUGUGAACUGUUCAUUGAUGAGUGGAGGGAAGGUGAACUAGUGAUGGUACGAGCGAAUUAUUAGAUAAUGUAGCCUUAGGAAAAAUUACAAUUCAUUCAUGCGGGUCAAUGUAGAGUAAUUCAACGCUUUUAAACUCAAUGAAGAAUUAAAAAAUAAUAAACUACAAGAAAUGAAGUCAAUAUUACGUUAGAGCAUAUCGAGAAUUUGAGUAAUAUAUUGUGAAAAGGACCAAUCCUUGUACUAUAAGAGAACGUCAGUUCUUCAUCCAUCAAUUCAAUGCAGUGAUGCGAGAGAUUCUAUAAAUGUUCACCGAUUAAUUACUUUAUUUUGUGCACAUUAUCCCAGGGUACAUGAAUACUGCGUAGACAUCAAUGGCAUACAAUCAAAUGUCGACGUGGCCAGGAGUAAUGAGUGACGUUGAAUGACUAAAGUGGUUCUUCUAUUGUUCCAAGUGUCAAUCAUGCUUUAAUCGAAGAUAUGAAAAAUGAUAUUUAUGAGUAAUAACGGAGAUAGUUCUGGUUAUCUAUUUAGUGAAGAGUGCGGGUAAUUUGUGGAAAUAAGUAACAAAGUUUUUGUCAAAUGGAUUAUCAUAUGAACUUUCAAACGCAUUGAUGAUAAUUAUAUUUAAGUAAGAAAAUAAAUGAUGAGUUGAAUUU